UCGGUCAAAGGUCCACUUCGGUUUUCACGUCAACAGCUUACACACAUCCGUAGAACUUCUGUCUUGGUGUGUGUGUGUGUGUGUGUGUGUGUGUGAGAGAGAGAGAGAGAGAGAGAGCAGGUACGCAAAUGACACUCGAGGUUCAAAUGUCUCCCUGCUGUUAAUGUAGUACACUAUCUAGGGCGUGAGCGUUUCCUUCACUACAUUUGUGGAGGAAGUGUGAGAGCUUUUGAGAGCAACUUCCUGCUGAUUAUUUCUCUCUGGUUCAGACGCGAGUCUCUCGGACAUUUUAUUGUAUUUGUAAAGCGAAAGUUUUGCGCACGUUCGGCGGUGUUGGUGCCGGUGGUGCCGGUGCUGCUGGAGCGCGGUGUUGCUGGAGCGCGGUGAUGUGAAAGCUACACGUCAGGACUCGGUUUACCCGAGCAGGUCUUCACCUGGUCACACGAUCAGAGUCACCUUCCCGGACUUGGACACUGUGUAGUCAUCUAAUAAUGGAUCAUCGACAUAUAUUCGAUACCCUGGGGACAGUGUGUGAAGAAUCCAUCUCUGCCAUCUCUAUGCAUUCGAGUUUGCUACAGAAUGAUGCCACCAGUCAUCUGCUGGAAACAAUAAGAUGCAUUCAUGAACAUGGGCAAGCUGUCAGUGCUCUGGUCAGUGGCUUUGCUGCUGUGUAUCACCAUUUUGAUUUUAGCACAGAGACACCUGCAAAUGGCUACCGCACCUUGGUCAAGGUGGUUCUGUCCUGCGUGCUCCAUAUAAUCCAGAAGGGCCGCUACAUCGCCUCCAACUGCGGGGGGAUUUUUUUCCGUGUGGAUCACAAUGCCUGCGAGAUGAAGGCGUACUGUAUAGCACUCUGUCAGCUGCGUGCACUGCUUUAUCUGGCGCAGCGUUUACUCAACAACAACGCACAUGGGCAGCUCCAUUCGCUGGAGGAUGAAGAUCUGAGCAAGAGGUUCAUCAACGAGUACACGUCUAUGCACAAGGCCUGUUUCUAUGGGCGUUGCCUGGGCUUUCAGUUCUCUCCUUCUCUCAGGCCUUUCCUACAGACGGUGGUCAUCAGUAUGGUGUCAUUCGGGGAGAACUACAAGAGACAUCAGACUAGAUUAGGCAGGGCAGCGCUCUCUGUCAUUACUUCUGGGAAGUACGUGGUGGAUCCUGAGCUGAGGGGGGCGGAGUUUGAGCGCAUCACUCAGAACCUGGAUAUGCAUUUCUGGAAAACCUUUUGGAACAUCACUGAGACAGAGCUAAUAUCAAGUUUAGCGAGCAUCAGGUCGCAUGCUGUGCAGGUGAAUUUGACUCUAACGAUUCCAGGUGAGCCACUGAGUUUACCUUUAGCCGCAGAUACGAGUCUCACUGUCACAGUGUCGCCUCCCAUUGCUCACUGGGGGCCGGGACCCGUUCACGUACGCCUCAUCUCUCACAUGCUCCGCCAGGGACAGGAUACUCCUGAGUUGAUCUCGUUCUCUCGGUCUGAUGGAUCUCAGCUUUCUCUUCCUGCAAGCUUAAGGCCGCAGAGUGGCCCUCUCUCUCCAUGGCUCCUCAUCCACUUUCAUGGAGGUGGAUUUGUGGCCCAGACCUCGAAAUCCCAUGAAAGUUACCUAAAAAGCUGGUCAAGGGAUCUGAAUGUGCCUAUUCUCUCGGUGGAUUACUCACUGGCUCCUGAAGCCCCCUUUCCUCGGGCUCUGGAGGAAUGUUUUUAUGCUUACUGCUGGGCGCUAAAGAACUGUCACUUACUGGGCUCGACUGCGGAGCGUGUGUGUCUAGCAGGAGACAGUGCUGGUGGGAACCUGUGCAUCACGGUCUCAAUGAAGGCCAUGUCUCACGGAGUACGAAUCCCUGAUGGCAUCAUGGCUGCCUACCCGGCGACGCUCCUGACAACUGACGCCUCUCCGUCACGGUUUCUCACGCUUAUCGACCCAGUGCUACCUCUUAGUGUGCUUUAUAAGUGUGUCAAUGCAUACACUGGUAUGGAGGGGGUGGCGGUGCAGCCCAGGCAGCAGCUGGACAGUCUGAGUGCUCUGGGACGGGACACUGCGCUUCUUCUUGAGAACAUCACACAAGGAGCUUCAAGCUGGCUGCAGUCGCUGCUUGACCGCACGCCUACAUCACCCGCUAGAUCGUCCGACGGUUAUCGGAAUGCCGUGACUCGAUCUGCGGACAUUCUGCAGGGCCCCAGGGAAUUCCCAGAAGGCUUUGAACCGCUGCGCUCAAGGUGUCUAGCAGAGAUUCAUACCCCUUGUACUCCUAUCAUGAAGAACCCGUUUGUAUCUCCUCUACUUGCACCUGACAGCCUUCUCAGGGGACUGCCACCUGUACAUCUAGUGGCUUCAGCUUUGGAUGCUCUGUUGGACGAUUCUGUGAUGUUUGCCAAAAAGCUGAAGAGCAUCGACCAACCGGUGACCUUAACCGUAGUGGAGGACAUCCCCCAUGGCUUCCUCAGCCUAUCACAUAUCUGCAAAGAGACUAAGGACGCGUCUGAUAUUUGCGUAGCAAAAAUCAGGGAAGUGUUCGAGCAAAACACACCACAAUAAAUCUCUUAUGGAAUUAGCCUAAUUAGCACAAGUUAUAUAGUCGUAUGAGAAGGAAAGAAGUGGAUAAGU